GCAUAUGAAAAAACUGAUCAAAUCCCAAAUGCAGAUAUCUUAUCCAGUAAGAACAAAUCAAAACAGAAAACGUAAAUCAUAGAAGAACAAUGUACCGAAAUACAACAGUGGAGCAAUCGGAAAAAGAAGAAAAAAACUGAAGCUGCUCACGAAAAGUUGGAGCCUUUACACACCAGAGACAUGGAUAGUAUUACCCAGAACGCCAUCACACAGAAACCCAUGACUGGUGCUUGAAGAGAAACAGAAAAGGAAACCGGUAACGAACCCGAAGGGGAAAGAGAAAGCAUUAGAGGGCCUGGAGCAGCCAUGGCGUCGUCGUCUGGGUUUGGCGGACUGGGGCUGGAAGGGAUUGUGGGCAGCGAAGGUUGUUCAGUGGGAGGCAGCUCGGAGCCACCCGUGGAGGGGAAAAGGGGCGAAAUAUCUGGGGAUAAGCUCUGGGGCGGCGAAGACGAGGCAGGAAAUGGGAGCAAUAAUGACGGUGCGGGUGAAAUGGAGAGAGACUUCGGGAGACUGAGAAUCAAGAAAGACAUGAAGACGCUCAAGAAAAGGGUUGAGGAAGCCAUUAAUGAAUUAUCGAUGGAGUUCGGAAUCGGCAUCGCGGGUUCCUCCGGCAACGGAAUGAGUUCCGAAGCUCCGGUCGAAACCUCCUCGGUGGCCAUGGUUGUGCCGUCCUCACCACUACCCUUCGGGGCAAGUGUGGGGGCCGCAACCAUGACGUCGUUUUCAAUGCCGAGCUCGAUCUUCGGGUCGGCCCCUCGACCCAUUCCCGGGCUCGAAACCACGGGGGAUCACCCCGUCGCAAGAUCCCCCCAGCCCAAUGAAGCAAACGACCCCCUCGUGGCGAUGGUGAACCAAGCAUGGUACCACAACAACUAUCUCGCCAUCAACAUUAUCCUGGAGGGGUUGGGAGAUUCGCUAUACCCCGUCUACGCCGGUGCAACGCUCGCCAAAGAGCUUUGGAAUAGCUUGAACAAAAAGUAUCAAGCUGAAGAUGCCGGCACGAAGAAGUUCAUCGUUGGGAAGAUGUUGGACUACAAGAUGGUCGACAGCAAAUCUGUUGUCGCCCAGGCCGAGGAGCUUACGGUUAUCUUCAACAAAUGCAAUGAAGAGAAAGUAGGCGUCAGCGAGGCCUUCAAUUCCAAGUGGCGGCCAUCAUCCACAAACUUCCCCGGUCGUGGGAAGAUUUCCAAGCCGACCUCAAGCUCAAAAGAACGGAGCUGAAUCUGGAGCAACUGCUCACGCGGUUGAGGAUUCGAGAGGAAGGGCUUGCUAGAAGAAAUGGAAAGGCUAAGGCGAAUGUUGUAGAACAUCCGUCGGGCUCUUCACAUGGCGGGAAGGACAAGAAGAAAAUGGGUCCUAAGGG